UUUUAACGAUUGCACGUUUAGGAAAAUACGGCCAUGACGAGUCCAACCGCACAACACAAUCCGACGGUUGAUAUUGCCGAAUUGAAUGACGAUGUUGGCACUCGUAAACAGAACUCCAGUUUGAGUCGUUUUGGAGGACGAACAUUAGAGAACGAUCAUCAAGUGUUUGAUCAUAACGCUUGGGAUAAUGUUGAAUGGAGCGAAGAACAAGAACAACAAGCGCAGGUUAUUAUUCAGAAACAAAUGGAAGGACAGGUUGAUGAAAUGCAGCGAGUGCUGUUUGAUGAAAAGGCAGCUUCUUUUUGGGAUGAAUUCUAUGCCAAAAACACCAAUAGGUUUUUCAAGGACAGACACUGGUUACGACUAGAGUUUCCAGAGCUUUUUGAGUAUUCUAAAACCAGAACCGAGUCUAAAUUCUUUUUAUGUGAGAUUGGAUGUGGUGCAGGAAACACUGUGUUUCCAUUUCUUGAAGAAACGCCAGAUUCAAACGUAAUGGUGUAUGCAUGCGAUUAUUCCAAGGAAGCUGUUGGUGUUGUCAAGAGUAACCCGUUGUAUGACGAAUCGAGAUGCAAGAGUUUUGUCUAUGAUAUCACAUCAUCAGAAUUUCCUGUAGAAAUAGAGGAAGGAUCAAUCGAUGUUUGCACAUGCAUAUUUGUUCUUUCAGCAAUUCAUCCUUCGACAUGGACUCAGGCAGCCGAAAACAUAUAUCGCAUGCUCAAACCAGGUGGUCUUGUUUUAUUCCGUGACUAUGGCCGAUACGAUUUAGCCCAACUUCGAUUUAAAAAGGAUAGAUUGUUGGAAGACCACUUUUAUGUUCGUGGCGACGGAACUCGAGUGUAUUUUUUUACAAAUGAGGAAAUAGAAAGCAUGUUUUCCCAGUUUGAAGUGCUACAAAACGGAGUGGAUCGUAGAUUGAUAGUAAACCGAACUCGAAAACUGAAGAUGUAUCGUGCAUGGGUACAAGCCAAACUACGCAAACCAUUGGCUUCAGAUACCAUUGUUUGAAUAUCAAAUAAAUGCAUUCAAGUAAUCGG